AUGCUCCAUGUAGCCGGGGGCUGGUUGCUCGUCCUGCUGCUCCAGGUCGUCGACUCGAUGGACCUCUGCGAGUACUUUGCCCGCCUCGGCGUCGACAAGCCGGAAUGCCGAAAGCAAAUCCACUUCGACACUUUCGACCCGAACCCACGACCCGCACUCAACUCGAUGGCACAGGUUUUGCAUUUCCAUCAGCUGCUGCCGUCCCCAGUCAUCGUCGACUCGCCCAAGCUGCCCGUGCAGAAGUUUGAGCUCGUUGGUUCCCCAGGAUUCGACUACCCGCUCUGCAAAAACUACUACCACUCGUGCAUGUUUUCGACAAAAUGCGAGUCUGGCACAGUGUGCACAACUGGUUUCGACACGACCCCCUGCUGCACCUCUACCGUAACCCGGUGCCCGUCCGUCGCCUCGUUGGGCAUCAACUGCCGCAAGCCGAAAAGCGUCAAUUGGUGCUUUACGGAUCGUGAUUGCCGGGGAGCAGCCACGACGUCAUCGUCCAUGUGCUGCCCCACCGGAUGCAACUAUAAUAUUUGUGUCCCGCAGGCAGACGUGAAGUGCAACGUGCGACGGCCGACAAGCUGGUGCGCCAAGCAUUCAGACUGUCCCACGGUGAACAGCGUCAACCCGAGGAGAUGCUGCCAAACGCUUUGCGGCUACACGGCCUGCAUGGUGAGGUACAACAACAAGUGGAUGAUUGCC